UUCUUGUUCAUCACAUAUGGGAACGUUGUGGUCGACUGGGAGCCGUAGUUCAUUUCCCAUGCGUGCCGUGUCUUCGAUCGCUCGCUGCUUGACUGUGCCCGAGCGUUUACGGCGUCGGUGACGGCGGUACCCGCUUCGAGUGAGCGGAGGGGCUGUCCGUAGCCGUCCUGCGUGUAGCCGCUGGUUACAAACGCCGAAGACGCCUAGUUUUUGCAGUGCCACUCUGUUUCGGCGCCGGUCCCGGCUUCUUUCUUUCCGUUUCUUUACGCGGCAUCCAGCCGUGCGCAGCUGCCGUACUAGCCAGCUGAACCACGAGGACUCCGCUCGUGACCGGGGCGGGCGAGCGAGUCGGGAGGGAAAAGAAAAAGAGAGGCGUUAUUGCAGUUUGAAACAUUGUUUGCCCACCCCCGGAAGAGUGUCUCGUUGCAUCUAGCGAUCGCUUUAAUUUUGAACUUGUCCAUUGACGGCCGCGCUUUGGCAAUGUCGUUUCAGUCUUUCGCUGAGGACGAAGACGGCUACGCGUCGAACUACCACGUCGGGUCUUUGCCGCGUGAUUAUGCUUAUGGACCCGACGACGUUGAGGGCGACACGACACAUGCCACUCAAUGUGCGAGGAAAAGAAAAAUUCUCCUCAUGGGGUCCAAAGGGAGCGGGAAAUCGUCCAUCGAGAAGGUGGUUUUUCACAAAAUGUCACCGAAUGAAACACUGUUCUUGGAGAGCACCAACAAGAUUGUGCGGAAUGACAUAUCGAACAGUUCAUUCGUCAAGCUGGACAUCUGGGAUAUCCCUGGUCAGGUUGACUUUGUUGACCAGGUGUCCGACUUCAAGAACGUCUUCGAUGGCUGGGGAGCCCUUGUAUUCGUAAUCGAUGCUCAGGAUGACUAUAUGGAGGCACUGCAGAAGCUGAACAAGACUGUAGUGAUGGCAACCAAAGCAAACCCAGACUUGAAGAUCGAGGUCUUCAUUCACAAAGUGGAUGGCCUAUCGGACGACCACAAGAUUGAGAUCCAGAGGGACAUCCACCAGAGGGCAACGGACGACCUUGCCGACAGAGGCCUCGACGUUGUCCAACUCAGUUUCUAUCUCACUAGCAUAUACGAUCACUCUAUUUUCGAGGCGUUCAGCAAGGUCCUCCAGAAGCUAAUCCCUGAGCUGCCAACGUUAGAAAACCUCCUCAACAUUUUCAUUUCGAAUUCGGGGAUUGACAAGGCAUUCCUGUUUGAUGUUGUGACCAAAAUGUACAUUGCAACUGAUAACUCACCUGUGGACAUGCAGUCGUACGAGCUAUGCUGUGACAUGAUCGAUGUCAUUAUUGACAUCUCGUCUAUCUACGGCUUGCAAGCCGAUGGCGAUGGGAGCACCUUUGACAGCGAGUCUGCCAGCAUCAUAAAGCUGAACAAUGGGACAGUGCUGUACCUGCAGGAGGUCAAUCGGUUCCUCGCCCUCGUCUGCAUACUUAGGGACGAGAAUUUCGACAAGCAAGGGCUCAUCGACUACAACUUCCAAUGCUUCCGUCAGGCCAUCCACGAGGUAUUCGAAGUCCAGUGUCGGGCGUCGCAAUCGGCCACAACGCCGGGUUUCACCAACUCCGUGGACCUCAACCUCAGUAACGGCUACCCGGAAGCGUGAUUGAGCCCAUCCUUGUGCGAGCGUCUUGCCUUCCUACUACGUGUCUCCGUCACCUUUCUCUCGUGUACAUAAUCCCCUUCGCUGUGUGAAAGUUUACGGAUGACGACGAUGAUUAGGAUGCAGAGACUCAGAAAAACCUCCAUGAGAUGACCUGCCUGUUCUUCGGUAUUGAGACCUUGUGUGCCGCUGUCGAGCACCUACUAAAAAAAAAAAAGCUUUAAGAAGACACGUUUUUAAUGUUAACCCAAGCGAUUCUCCCCUGUUCCCCCUUGUUUGUUUUUUGUUUUAUUUGUGUUUUGUCACAUUAAAUUAUGGGAUUUUCGUUAGAUGAAUAAAAAAAUGCUAUGUUUCAUUAUAA